GUGUCUGUACGGGCGGAUUCCCAGCAAAUUUACAGUCAAAGUUACUUCUAGUAAUGUUAUUCUAGUAAAGUAAUGUUUUUUAAGGUCUAAAUAUUGAUGUCACUCUUGUAAAUUUUAAGACGUAAUAUAACGGCAUCAUGAAUAGAUUUUACAAGUGCAGUUGCUUUUUCACAGAUAAUAUUUUUCUCGAAGACUACAAACUGCACGUCCGAUUUGUCUCAGAGACACAGUUCAGGGAGGACUAUCAAAAUACCCUGAGAACCUCAGGAUGCGAGUCUGAAUCUCAAUUCAGCGACGUGCUGAAAAAGAUUCAUGUAGAAAUCGCGAGACGGCAAGAUCAUAAAUUGAAGACGGCAGAGAGGACUGCUACCAUCAAAGUGAUUUAUAAGCCUCUGCAUCAACAUGUUUAUAAUCUACAGGAAUCAUUUCUGGCCCCAGAGUUCUUAGAGAUGGUGAACUACACCUCUUCAAGUGAUGCUACAGUAGAUGGACUGAUUAAAAUCAUCCGGACUGAGGCAGCACCAAGAGUCUACAGGUUUCCAGUGUUCACAAGAGAAUUCUGCAAGGACUUUAUAAAUGAGCUGGAGAAUUUUGAACAGUCUGAUGCACCAAAGGGCAGACCGAACACUAUGAACAAUUAUGGGAUUCUUCUUAAUGAACUGGGCUUUGAUGAGAGCUUCCUCACCCUAUUGAGAGAGCUCUAUCUGCGUCCGCUCACGGCUCUGCUUUACAGUGACUGUGGAGGAAGCUGUCUCGACAGUCACAAGGCUUUCGUGGUGAAGUAUUCAAUGGGAGAAGACUUGGACCUUAGUUAUCAUUACGACAAUGCUGAAGUCACUCUGAAUGUAUCGCUGGGGAAAGAGUUUACGGAGGGAAACCUGUUCUUUGGAGACAUGAGACAGGUGCCUCUAAGUGAGGCUGAGUGUGUGGAAGUGGAGCAUCACGUAACCGAGGGUCUGCUUCACAGGGGCCAGCACAUGCAUGGAGUUUUGCCCAUCUCCUCAGGCACACGAUGGAACCUGAUUAUAUGGAUGCGAGCCUCACCUGAGAGGAAUAAACUCUGCCCCAUGUGUGGUAGGAGACCCACGCUAGUUGAGAGCGAUGGAUACAGUGAUGGCUUCACCACAGACCCUGAUGAUACAAGUGGCAACAUGUCAUGCACUUUAACAUGAUGUUAUGUACUGUAGUAAAUAUCGUGGGUGCUGUUUUUCAGAUAGUUAAUUCUAAUGUAUCAUCCAUGGUAGAACAUGCUUUUGGCCCAUUGUGCCUUUUAUUAAAUCAGUACCAAAAGUGUAUCGUUAGCUUAAUGUUCUUGGGAAAUAAUAAUAUGUUGUGUAAAUCACCAGAUUUUAAUAUUUAUUUGAUUGUAAAUCUUUUUAUGGAUGUAUUAAAGUUAUUUUAAUUAUG